UUAAUUUAGUUGAACAUGAUAGCAGCGUGGAUUAACGUGGUUCUGCUGGGCAGUCUCUGUCUUUUUCCAGUUCUUGCGGCUCCCUUUAAAGGUAGUUAUGAGGAAACUGAUCCCGAAUUGACGGCAGGAUACUUCCAGGGCGAUAUGGAGGUGGACUUCACCCGGAACGGAGAGAUUUCUGAGACGCGACGCUGGCCAAACGCUACAGUUCCUUAUACUAUUUCAGAAGAAUUUGAUGCUCCGCAAGUAGCUUACAUUGAGCUCGCCAUGGAAAUAAUUCAGCGAACAUCAUGCAUUCGUUUCCAACCUGCCACCGAAGAGGACGAAAACUACGUUACUGUGAUACCUUCCUUCACAGGAUGUAGUUCCAAAGUGGGCUAUCAGCCAGGCAUAAGAACGGUUAAGCUGAAGCCCAAUAAACUGGACUUGGGGUGUUUUAAGUUGGGCACUAUUCAACACGAACUGCUCCACACUCUGGGCUUCCAUCACCAACAGUGCUCCCCAAAUCGAGACGAAUACGUAAAGAUCGUAGAGGAGAAUAUUUCGGAAGGGCAUGAAAAAAACUUUGUCAAGUAUGAGGCCUCCGAGGUGGAAGACUUUGAUCAGGUCUACGACUAUGGCAGUAUUCUGCACUACAGCUCCAUGGCCUUUUCGAUUAACGGGGAGCCCACCAUUGUGGCCCUUAAGCCAGAGGGACAACCCCUGAUGGGUCAGCGCCUGAUUAUGACCGAGACCGACGUUAACAGGCUUAAUACCAUGUACAAGUGUCCCGUUCAAAUAUAAAUUAAUGCAAUAAAAAUUUGAUUUUGUGUCACAUUA